AUGCUUCGUCAUCACCUGUUCCUUCACGUAACAUUGAUCAUCCGCGCAGCCACGGUGCCAACUCUUGGGCUUAUAUUUGCUGUGCCAGUGCUCGAGUUUCUGCUCCCUGUAUUUCAGCAGUUGGGCUUCCUGUCUGACCUCGAUGAGUCCAUUGAGGUCUAUCGGGCUGCACUGGAGCUCCGACCCCUUGGUUCUUUAUAUCGAGCCACGUGUCUCAACAAUCUUGCCAACAGCCUUCGAGACAGAUUCGAGCAGCGAGGCUCCCUAUCUGACCUUGAUGAGGCCAUUAAGCUCUACCGGGCUGCACUACUCCUCCGUCCCCCCGGUAAUUAUGAUCGAGCCUCAGCUCUCGCAAAUCUUGCCGACAGCCUUGAAGACAAAUUCAAACAAUGUGGCACCCUAGCUGACCUUGAUGAGGCCAUUGAACUAAAUCUGGCUGCACUACUCCUCUGCCCCCCUGGUCAUUCUGAUCGAGCCAUGUGUCUCAAUAACCUUGCCAUCAGCAUUCAUGACAGAUUCGACCAGCGGGGCGCCCUGUCUGACCUUGACGAGGCCGUUGAGCUCCAUCGGGCUGCACUACUCCUCCGCCCCCCUGAUCAUUCUGAGCGAGUCGUGUCUCUCAGCAAUCUUGCCCUCGGCCUUCGAGACAGAUUCAAGCAGAGAGGUUCCCUGUCUGACCUUGAUGAGGCCAUUGAGCUUCAACGAGCUGCGCUACUCCUCCUUUGCCCUGGUCAUCCCAAGCGAGCCUCAUCUUUCACCAAUCUUGCUGCCAGCCUUCGCGACAAAUUCCAGCAAUGUGGCGCUCUGUCUGACCUUGACGAGGCCAUUGAACUCAAUCGGGCUGCACUACUCCUCCAUUCCCCUGGUCAUUCUGAGCGGGUCGUGUCUCUCAACAAUCUUGCCAACAGCCUUCGAGAUAGAUUCGAGCAGCGAGGCUCCUCAUCUGACCUUGAUGAGGCCAUUGAGCUUUAUCGAGCUGCACUACUCCUCUGUCCCUCUGGACAUAAUGAUCGAUCCAUAUCUCUCAACAAUCUUGCCCGCAGCCUGAUAGAUAGAUUCAACCAGCGUGGCACCCUGUCUGACCUUGAUGAUGCCAUUGAGCACCAUCGGGCUGCACUACUCCUCUGUCCCCCUGGCCAUUCUCUUCGAUCCAUGUCUCUGAACAAUCUUGCCAUCAGCCUUCGAAACAGAUUCCACCAGUGUGGCACCCUGUCUGACCUUGACGAGGCCAUUGAGCUCAAUCAGGCUGCACUACUCCUCUGCCCCCCUGGUCAUUCUGAUCGGUCAAUGUCUCUGAACAAUCUUGCCACCAGCCUUCGAGACAGAUUUCGCCGGUGUGGCGCCCUGUCUGAACUUGAUGAUGCCAUUGAGUUCAAUCGGGCUGCACUACUACUUCAUCCCCCCGGUCAUUCUGAUCGAUCUAUGUCUCUCAACAAUCUUGCCAACAGCCUUUAUGACAGAUUCCACCAGCAUGGCGCCCUGUUUGAGCUUGAUGAUGCAAUUGAGCUCCAUCGAGCUGCACUACUACUCCGUCCCCCCGAUUCAAGCACCGGGAUGUCAUAUCGGACCUGGAUGAAUCAUUUGGGCUCUAUCUGGAACUCCCCGGCGUCUCUAAUGCAGCAUCUCGUAGCGAUCUUAAUGCUGCCUAAGUCAUGGACCGCAUUGAAAUUCCUAGAUCGGCAUGUUGCUCUUUUGUCAUCUUCUUUGCGCCAUUUCGACGUAUUCAAGGAAGCCACUUCUUCCCUUGCUAUGGAUGCUUUCUCGUGCAGUAUCCGUUAUGGUGAUUUGAUGACGGCUGUGGAACUCGUGGAGCAAGGCCGUGCAGUAUUCUGGACCCACUUGGCACGCUUCCGCACACCGAUCGAUGAACUUUCCCUUUCAGGUGACCCCGGUGCAACCUUGGCGGAUGAGUUCAAGCGACUGAGCUUUCGCCUUCACCAGUCCCCGCAAAUUCGUCAAUUGACUAUGCAAUGGGACGACGUCGUCUCACGCAUCCGCAUGCUCCCCGACUUUUCUCAUUUUCUCCUGCCUCCACCAUUUUCUGGGCUCCAGAAGGCAGCUGAUGAAGGUCCGGUUAUCGUCGUGAAUGCUAGUCAGUACAGCUGCGACGCCUUAAUUAUUUUCGGCUUCCGAGAUCCCGUCCACAUUCCCCUUGAUAUCACGCAGACCGAAGUCUCCGAGUUGUCCUCGGAGUUUCAGUCCCUCGCAGAGGAAUUUGGUUCUUCUGAUCAUCAACAAGAGCUUGCCAGCAUCCUCCGCGAGCUCUGGAAACUAUAUUUGGAGUCAAAAGUUGAAUAUGGCUCGCGUAUCUGGUGGUGUCCCACCGCUGAGUUCACUCUACUUCCUCUACAUGCCGCCGGUCCGUACGAGAAGAAGAAGGACAAUUUGCCCCACAUUUACAUAUCCUCUUACACCCCGACUUUGGCUGCUCUUAUUCGUGCGAGACAGCAGGUUUCUGGAGAUACGUCCAUGCAACAUUUCGUUGCCGUAGGUCAAGCAAAUCCGGACAGAGGGAAGGCACUCCGAUGUGUUGCUCCUGAGUUGGCUGUAGUCGCUCAGCGUCUCUCGCCCCUCGUCUCCUUCACAUCGCUAGAGGACAGCGGCGCAACAGUCCAGGGUGCGCUCGAUGCAUUACGCCAUAAUCAGUGGCUCCACCUAGCCUGCCAUGGAAUGCCGAAUCGAAAACAGCCAUUCGAAUCUUCCUUCGCAAUGCGCGACGGGCCUUUGAUGAUCACAGACAUCAUCCGAUCCCACUGGCAGAAUCCGGAGUUUGCAUUCUUAUCUGCCUGCCACACUACCGUAGGCGAUGAGACGAGUCUCGAUGAGUCAAUUCAUCUCGCUGCGGCUAUGCAAUUCUCCGGAUUUCGCAGUGUGAUUGGUUCCAUGUGGUCUGUCGAUGACGAUGUUGCACGGCAGGUCGUGUCCGCUUUUUACGGCAACUUGGUUGAUGGUUCAGGGAGAUUGGAAUGCACACGGGCUGCGGUAGCGUUGCAAAAGGCUGUGAAGUCGUUGCGCAAGAUGAAGAUUCCACUAGAACAGCAGAUUGUAUUUGUUCAUAUAGCGCCCGGUACUAUUGGUUACCACUCGCUCGUGCAGCACCACAUUUCGUGCAGUCACGCAAAUGUCACGGAAAGUCACGGAAUAGUCACACUGUCCGAUUUCGCAGUCCGCUCGACACGCUGUGGAUUAGAUAUUAGGAAGAUAUAUACGAGUGUACCAGUGGCUAGUGGUUCGGAUAAGGAAUGGGGAGAGAUCCUUGCAUUUGCGGAAAAAAUGGUGGCUGCGGGUAGAACAUAUUGUUGGCUGCCGUGGGGAGAGGAGUACUUGCUGAAGGUGUUGAGUUUUCAUUCGAAGUUGGGUUGGCAACGGCAACAGGCCUGCCAGUGCGUCGUUUUGAACCAUAUAGCGCCGAAAAUCGAGGAUUAUCUGCAAGGGCUGUGCGAGUGUCAGGAUCUUCCAACACUGCGGAAAACUGCCAUGAACACCAGUCAAGGUAUCCUGGAUGGCGGCUUGAAUGCGAGCCUCUUUGGUGGGAUCUCGGGGACCUUUCCGCUUCCCACCGACUCGAGUGCGCGCCAUCCGUGCGGCAAGUAG